AGAACUCUCAGGAAAACCCCAGACAUUUAGAGAGAGAGGAAUUUAUUCUACAGAGAAAGAAAAAAACAGAGAAAAGAGAACAACCUUAACAAGUGUGAGAGAAAAAACGCCCAGCGUUAACUAUGUUUUUCUUUUUUGCAGGAGGGUUAGAACAACAAGUCCGACAGGUGGUGAAAUCCAGUGUCGGAAAGUGCAUCAACUGCGGUUCACGCGCUGAUCUUGUUGAAUACGACAAAGUUCUGAAGCUCUUUUUCGUUCCCGUUUGGCGGUGGCCCGGGAAGGACAAUCUCUUGUAUUGCCAAGACUGCAAGUUUUUGUUUCCUCAAUCUCAUUCUCUUCCUCCGCCUUCGAACGGUGGUUCUAUGUUGCCGGACGCCUUGAAAUGUCGGUACUGUGAUCGGAAAGUGGGGGCUGAUUUCACGUUUUGUCCUUACUGCGGUACUCAACUGUAAACAAAUAAAGGGUCUUAGUGUUUGAUUGGUGUUUGUUGAAUGGUUUAGAAAAUAGGGUGGUGUUUAUGCGAUGUACAAAAUGAAUAAUCAUGCUAUUACAUGUUAAUUUUGAUCCUCUCAUUAUGAAAUAAACUAGUAUGUAAUGUAUGAAUAUGGGAAUGGAAUCAAUGUAUCAUGUCUUUGUUUAAGCUAA